CCCGUUUCAAUGAUCGUACAAGGAUAUCCGGCGGCUCCGUUGAUCUUGCGCAAGGUACCGGUACCACCCUGAAUCCACGUGGGUCGAUUAUGGUCGACCUCAGCUACCAAAAGUGUGAACGUGGCUGCGCUCAGCCCUUAUAACAGCUAAGGAAAUCCACAACUUGGGCGCUAUUAGUCGAAAAAGGGCUUUUUGGCGCCAUCGCUCUCGGUGGAAUUAGACGAUGGAUAUGCCAAUACGGCCUGGUCUUCACGAUGCAGGACUCAUGGCCCCUGAUAUUACGCCAGGAAUAUACCUUUUCAACGCCUUCGGAAUAUUUGCUGAGAGCGCGUCCACUCUUCUGGCUGCUCUUAAAGACCUCGAUGACUACGAGCGCUACUCAGUGUGACACUCCCUGUCUCAUUUUCUGAGACUCUAUUUGUGUCUCUUUUAUAUCUAAUUUCCUAAUCAACAAUGCACUCGUUUAGCCUUUUGGCCGUUACGGCCCUCACAUUCGCUUCGUUCUCGUAUUCUCAGAAAGUUAGCCCCA